AUGACAUCAGCAAUUCCGGCUAUUCCCGCACAGCCAAAGAGGGCUAAAAGGACAAAAACAAAUUUGGCCACCGUAUCGCUACCAAAGUGCAAAUACGAGUUGCUGGAUGAGGCCACCAGGGAAAGAAAAGAGGAGAUGGCCCAAAAGGCUGCAGUAGAAGAGGCGAAGAAAAGUUAUCCAGACACGAACACAAAGCCCGACAUUUUUCUCUCUUCAUCGUUUUUAUCGGAUGAUAAGAUUAUCAUCGUAAAUUACCCGAAAAACAAGAAAGAGAAGAGGGAGAAGAGGGAUAAAGAUAUCAACGACGCUUAUAACGCUUUAAAUGGCACGAAAAACGACAACUCAACACAAGAUAUGCCGCAAGGGGCAAUUGAUGCCCUUGAAAAACUACUUGGAAAGGUCCCUGAUCAGCAAAAGACCCGGGGCUCAAAUUACGGAAGAUUGGCUCAAGACUUCACGUUCCCGUCAAAACAACAGUCCACAGCAGGGAAGUCAAAAGAAACAAAUGAAGAAGAAACUGCAGCUUCAUCCUCAAAAUCUUAUGAGGAUGAAAGAGAAGCUGAUCUCGAGGACCUCGACAAAAAAGAACGUGCACGUCGCCGAAAGAGCAACUUAAAUGCUCUAGCGCCGUCUUUCACACCUUCCUUCGCCUCAAGCGGCUCAUCAACGGAUCAGAAUAAGUCUGUUGAUUCUGAUUCGAGAAUUGAGGUUGAAGAUCGGAAGAAAAAGAACAAAAAGGAGAAGGCGGUGAUAGAUGUAAAUGGUGAUAUUGAAUCACCGACUUAUCAAAGAAAACCAAAAAAAUCGAGCCAACAGAUUCUACCAUCUGAGCUUUCAGCAAUUGACACCACAACAGGUUCGUACGGUAGUUACGUCACAAAUUCUUUCGAACCGGCUUUCUUCAUGCCGGCUGCACCACCUACGCCCUUCCCGGUUCAAUUUGUCGAAAAUAGUCCUCCAAACUGGGAAGAGUUCCAGAAAAAUUUAUCAACCGAAGUGGUUAGCAGAGUUGAGAUGCAAGUUCAGAAGCAUAUUGAGAAGCUUGUUUCUGAAGUUAGAACAACAUUGGUUGAAACUAGGCCCGAAUAUACUAAUAGUAGUUCGUCCGUAUCGGACAAAGGAAAGGAUGAUACUGUAAGACUAUUUGAAGAAACUGAAAGAAAGAACGAAGAAAAUAGAUUCAAUAAGAUGCAAGAAGAGCUUUUACAAGAAUUGCAAAAUUAUCAACAUGAUAUUCUUUCUUCUCAUGAAGAAUUAAUGUUAAGGCAUGAAGAAGUGCAAACACGACACUUUCAACUUCAAGCGGAAGUUCAAUCAACAAGUGUUGUUCAACGACGUCAUGUAGAACUUCAAAACAUGCUCCAAAAAGAGCUUAGUCAGCUUGACGAAUUAAAGACCCGUCUGCAAGAGAUGCAGAGUGAACAUCGAAAGAUGCAAGAUCGUCAACAGCAACUUCAUGAUGAGAUGACAGAUUCACAAACGUUACGUCGUCGUCUCGGCGAAUUCGAUGGCGAAAUUGCACAACUUCGUUUUAAGAAUAAUCAGUUGACUGAAGAAAAUACCUUACUUAGAAAUGAAAUCGCCAAACUUUCUGAAGAAAGCAAAGUGAAAGAGCGCAAGCAAGAUACUUUUAUUUUAGAAUUACAAAACCGUGAGCGGCAAUUGCAGUCUGAAAACAUUAUACUCAAAAACAAGUUUUCAAAUAACGAAAGUGAACUCAAUCUUGUUCGAAACAAAAAUAAACAAGUUGAAUUGUCGUUAGAAGAGCAGAUACAAAAAUUUCGUACCUUACAGAAUGAAAACCAAAAGCUUUUUGAAGAGAAUACUGCCACAAAAAAUAGCCAUCAGUCCAACAUCAGUGAACUUAAAUCUAAACUUCGGCAAGCAGAAAAUGAACUAGCCGAAUCUCGUAGAAAGUACGAGUUCGAUAUUAAUACUUGGAAAAGUAAUGAGGAAAACUUGCGAGCAGAAUUACAAGAUACUGCGCGCCAGCUUGAUGACGUGCGUGAUUAUCAUUCGUUGAAAAAAGUUCAAGAAAAGCUUGAAAGUGAGAGGAAUGAACUGCUAAGGAUAAACCGCGAACUUCAAACUCAACCUCGUAAUCUUGAAAACGAGACAAUUCAGACAAUCCAAAACGAACUCGCUGCUCAUCGUACUUGUAAGAAGUCUUUAGAAAAUAGAGUCAGUGAAUUAAGUAAAGUUCGCCAGGAGCUAGAAAAAGAAGUUGCGGAACUUGUUGAGUUACGUCCUCGUAUUAAGGAAUUGGAGAAACAAGCCUCUGACCUUGAACGUUCCUGUUUGAAAAUGAAGGAGUUAGAAACUCACUCAGUUGAACUGGAUCAUUAUCGACGUCGUACUCAUGAAUUAGAAACAGAGAUUAAAAACCUUCGUCAACACGGUAGAGAUUCCGAGAAUCAUGCAAACCAAAUUGAGAAUUUACAGCAAAUGUGUCAUGAUCUCGAAGAAAAGUUUGACAAUACAAAUUCUGAGGUUAUUCAAUUACGACACAAUAAUAGUGAAUUGAAAAAAGAAGCGUCCGCAAAAGCCGAGGAAGUUAAACUACGUACUUCGGAAUUGAAUCAAGCUCGUGGAAUAAACCAGAGUUUGCAAAAUAGGACAAUUGAAAUUGUCAACGAAUUAUCAGAUUUAAGGAUGCGAUUGCGUGAGAUCGAAGCUGAAAAGAAUCGAUUACAGAUGAAUGCUGCUAGUACAUCAACAAUUUCAUAUAAUUCUCCCAUGCAUACUCCUCGUAUUACGAAUAGUGACAACAUCUUGGAUGAGCGUCGUAUUUCCCGAGAUCAAAUGCUUUACAGCAACCCAUCAAUUCCAAAUAAUUUAAGUAAUUUCGAAUCGUCCAACUAUAAUCGUAUCAAGCCACAAAACACUCCAAACACUUAUUCACAACAAACAUUCAGUCCUCUUAAUAAUAACAUGUCUUCACAAAGUUUACAAAGUUCACAGCCUAUGCAAAUAAUGACAUCAGGCAUUAACCUUCAACAUUCACAAGCGUCUCAAUAUUCUCCUAAUCAUUUUUCAUCUACUAAUCAUCUUCAAUACAAUCAACCACCACAAGAAGUUCAAUCAGUCGUACCACUUCAACAAUUUUCUCACAUACCACCAGUUGUUCAAUUGCCACACUCUCACCAUCUACUUCAUUCUGCGCAACAACAAAAGAUGACACAACAGAUGCAGACUCAUUCUCAGCUUCCACCAUUAGUAACAAUGCAGUCGUAUUCAACAAAUGUAUCGGCCCUUCCUUCACCAACGACAUCACAACAAGGUUCUCAGUCACAUCCAACGCAACAAAAAAAUGGUAAAGCGCACAGCCGCAAUAGCUCAAACAACCUUGGAAAUAAUCAUCCUAAACAAAGUAAGCAAAAGAGUAACAGGAAGAAACAAAAGAAUGCGUCCGGUAGCCAGCACAAAGGUGUUAAUGAUACUGUUGCAAAUAAUGCAAAUAAUGCCAAUAAUCCUCAAACAAAUGCCACAGAUUCCAAUGCUUUAAGAAAUCCAUGGAAUAAAUCUGAAUUGAACAAUG